UCUUGUGACCAGGGUAAAUAUUACCUGACACUGUUAAUAUUUAAUGCCCCCCACCUCUGCCCUGGCCACCCCACGGCAGACACAAUCCCUGAAGUAGAGGCUGUAGGAAGACUGUGCAGGAGCCCUGGUGGCCGGGGAAAUGACGGCUGGUGAUGGUGGCAGCGGCAAGGGGGCAGAGGAUCCGUUCCACUAUGACUAUGAGACUGUCCGCAAAGGGGGCCUGAUCUUCGCGGGCCUGGCCUUCGUCGUGGGGCUCCUCAUCCUCCUCAGCAAACGAUUCCGCUGUGGGGGCAGUAAGAGACACAGGCAGGUCAACGAAGAUGAGCUGUGACCGUGGAGCCGCCAGUGCCCACCGGUGCAUGGGUACCACGGAUGCCUGUCUUCCCCAGCUGUACCCCGCUGUUCCAUCAGUCAGCACUCAGGCUGAAGGGUGUGCCAGGCUCACUAUGACCCCCUUCGUGGCCAUCCACUCAUACCUCUUGAUCCUUAACUUCCUUCCUCCCCUCCCCAACUCCUCUGACAACCCCACUUCCUGUUCCAAGUUGGGGUACAUGUGUAGCCUCAUCUCACUGGUUUCCAAUGAAUCAUUCUAGCAAGUACCUGCCAAUGAAA